AUGAUUAACAGAAAGUUAAAAAGAAAUGGUUAUCGUACCUUUGAAGAGCUAUUCAAGGAUUUCAUGCAAGUAUUUGAUAAUGCAUGCGAAUACAACAUGGAAUCCUCAGAUAUAUUCAUAGCUGCUCAAAAAUUACAAAAUUUGACGAUUCGAAGAGCGCGGGAACUUCAACCUAGUCUUGAUCUAUCGUUGUAUGACAAGAAGUUCAAGCCUCACCAGCCUCACCCUACACCACCCCCUCCACAAAUAAGAUUGCCGAAAACACCAAGAACCCCAAAAGUUGAUCCUGAGACCGACUCUGAUGACAAAGAGACUCCUCCCCCGUCUGAGAAGAAAAAAAUUCGGUCGCAGAAGAGAAUGCGGCCUAUAUCAACAGGAAUGACCGCCGAACAUGUCGCUUCACCAGGACGACCGGGGCGUAAAAGCAUGGACGAGCUGAUGUUGCGAUAUCGGCUGAAGCUCGUGUAUUUUUGGGAUCUCAUUUACAAUUACAAGGAUGGAAUGUACUGGCCUGCUGGUGCCUUUAUGGAGCUGCCAUCAGCCCGAGAAUACCCUGACUAUUACGAAGUGAUCAAAAAUCCGAUUGACUUGAAGACAAUCAGGGAGAAAAUCGAGAAUAAUAAG